UGGGUGCGAGCGUGGAUCGCGUUCGGUGUAACGACUUGCGUCUGGGCACAAGAUACAAACCUUCAGGUCCAGAAUGGCGCGCGGUUCGAAUGGGGCUGGCAGCUGGGGCCAGGUGCGCCCUCUACCGUCGGCCACUACUACGUCAAACUGCCACAGGCUGAGCAGAGCGUGCGGUACGCGGCCGACGGCUCCGGCUACCACGGAGCCCUAGCGCUGAAUGCGAGCGAUGGCGCUCACACGCACAUCGCCAACUUCGCGCUCGGGCAGAGAGCGAUAGAGCUGAAUAACCAGAAUAUAAUACCCCAGCCAUUCCAGUUACCAGGAGCUAACAACACCCAGUUCCAUCCACAAGGACUUCCAAACGGUGCUCCAAGUACUCCUAUUGAAAUAUUCCUGCUCCAGCAACAGUUCCCUUCAGCCGUCAACCAGGAGCUCGUCCAAGUUCUACCAACUGCUAUCCCUCGGAACCUAGUCCAAUACAGCCCUACUCCAAACUUCUUCUACCCUCAAAACAGCGGCACAACACAGCUUUACAACCUUCAACAACAACACCCGGCACAGAACGAGAACGAUGGUAAAGCAAGCGAAAAUGAACGCUCUAGACCUCUUCAUAAAGAGGAUAUUUCUGAGCAAGAUCACGAGGUGUUAACGUCGUCGGUAGUCAAAGUAUUCAAAGACGCCAACUGUUCGCACGAUAACAUUUCGGAUUCGGUAGCAAAAGAAAGCGUUAGUGAAAUAAGCCAGCCAAACAGAGUAUCAACACCAAGUCCUAGCUACAUUAAUCGUGAUAUUAAUAGUAAUUUUGGCGCUAAAGAUACCACUGGCCGACCCCUCACUUACAGAGGAGCGGUCCACUUUAGAGUAGAAUCGCCUAGAGAUAAUGUACGAAGCGAGAGAUAUUACUACACAACCGUAACUCCACUGACACAGAACACAGAAUACCAAAAUAACGAUGGGAUAUCGAAAUUAGUAGCAUCAACGCAAGAUUUAAUAUCAAAUGAGGAUUUGCUAAGAAUCAAUCAUGCUGUAGAAAAGCAAGUUAAUAUCCAUACAGACGAUAUCAUCAAACCCAGACCCAGAUUUGGUUUGAAAGCUGAACAAACUAAAUAUAGGUACGAGCAUCCAAGAAGCAAGAUCACAGUCAAAGCUAAAUUUGGGAAAAUCGUCGAUAGUAGCGUUGAACAUGUUGAAAACAAUCAAUCUAAAGAACAAGUGAAACAGACAGGUUCGAACGAGUACAAAUUUGCGUCUCCCAUUGUUGUAGCAGAAUCCGCUGAUAAUUACAAAGAACAAAUUGUAAAUAACUUAGUAUCUACGAUGGUUCCUUACAUUGAAGACGGCUAUGAGAUUGUUAGUGUCAGAAACACUUUAGAAGAUAAUUAUAAAGAACAGGAUGAAAAGAAAAGUUAUAAAGAAGAUUUGAUAAACGUCACUCCUAGACCUAUUGGACAGAAAUAUCUAGCACCCAUCACAGUAGCUUUAAGACUUCUGAAUGCUAAUUAUACUGAUACUCUAAACUCUGUUGAAGAUCACGAUGCAUCUGACAGUGAGUUCAUUCCAGAAACGGUUGAGAGUCCUAAGAAAGAAAAAACUCUUGUUGAAAUCCAAGAAUCUAUUCCUGUAUCAAUAACCCACAUAAAUGAUGUGGAAGUGCAUGAAUAUUUAGAUGAAGGGAGAGCUAACAACAAAGGCCCGUUAGAUAUAGCAAAAACAUUGUACAGCAAGUAUAUGGAAUCUAUUGAAUCUUCAAGGAAAAUCCAGAAAAAUAUGAAUAAUUUGCUUUACAAAUAUGGUGUGGCAAGAAAUCCUAACAAUGAAUUAAAAAACGAAGAUAAAAAUCAAGAGGAUGGUUCAAAAGAAAAUAUAGAUACAAGUGAAAAUAUGCAAUCAGAAGUUCACGUAAAACCAGGAGAUGAUUCCAGCAAUGAGAGGAGUGAGCUGAUUAAUUAUUAUGAUUACGGAUCUGACAAUCAGAAAAUCAUUCAACCAAUCAUAAUAGAAAAAGAAGUGCCAAUAACAAAAUUCGUAGAUAGGUUUAUUGAAAAACAAGUGCCCUACCCCGAACCAGUGGAAGUCGUCAAACAUGUGCCGGUGGACAGGCCGGUAGCCGUUCCUGUGCCUUAUGAGAAAAUUGUUGAAAAACCAGUUGAAGUGACUAGAUAUGUCGAUAAACCAUACCCUGUAAACAUACAUCAUCCUUACCCAGUCGAAGUCAAAGUUCCUUAUCCAGUGGAACAACAAGUAUUCAUUGAUCGACCGGUUCACAUCCCUUAUCCCGUUGAAAAAGUGAUUGAAAAACAGGUAAUCCAAACGGUGCCAGUACCGACCCCUGUGGCAGUCCCAUAUGAAGUUCAGGUGCCUGUAGAACAGAAGGUUUUAUACCCUGUCCCAAUAGAAACCCCAGUACCAGUGCCCGUUGAAGUAGAAAAGCCUGUACCCGUAGAUAGAAUCGUUCACAAGGAAGUGCCUGUACCAUACCCUGUGGAAAAAAAGGUACCUUACCCAGUCCAUUAUGAAACUAAGGUACCUGUACCGUACCCAGUAGAAAAGAGAGUGCCAGUGAAGGUUGAAAAAAUCGUAGAGAAACCGGUGACUGUGACUAAGGUCGUCGAAAAACCUGUUCAUAUUCAAGUACCGGUGCCCCAACCGGUUCCUUACGCUGUUCACGUUAGAGAACCAUACCCAGUCGACAGGAUAGUGGAGAAAAAGGUACCUUAUCCCGUGCAUAUAGAUCAUAUUGUCGAAAAGAAAGUGCCCGUAAAAGUUCCGUACCCAGUGCCGACGGUUGUCGAGAAAAUUGUGGAAAAACCUGUAGUGGUAACGAAAUACGUCGACAAACCAUACCCAGUAGAGAAAAGGGUGCCGUACCCAGUAGAAAAGAUCGUCGAAAAGAAGGUACCUUACCCCGUUCAGGUCCCAGUGGAAGUCAAAGUCCCGUACCCAGUUGACAGGAUAGUAGAAAAGCAAGUGCAUGUACCAGUAAGAGUGCCAUAUCCAGUUGAUAGGAUAGUAGAGAAACCGGUCGCCAUUUUGGGUUACGGCUACAACUACGGUCACGGAUCGCACCAGGCUCCAGCGACACAAAACCUUCAGUAUAUACGGCACGAUCAGAAACAGCAGUCUUCAAAUCAAGUUCUAAAAGACAUACAGCAAAUGCAAGCCAAUAUACAGUCGUUAAAAGAUCGGCAGAAACAGCAAAUUCAGAGCACACAUUGGGGUAACCAGUACGCUUCCUCAUACCAAUACGGCAAUGGAAGUAACCAUAAAGUGAAUGACAUCAAAAAGUCGCUAGCAGAGUACAUAAGUUACGUGACAAAUACCCCCAAUAACCAGUAUUAUGGUCCACCCCCUUUGCAGAACUACGAUAACUGGUGGGAGAACAACAAAGAUUAUGUUGUAGAAAUGAAAGUUAGACGGACUGACCGGACUCCUAAAGUGACUAAACUAAGGAUAGAGUAUGGAGGAUUUAAACCUCCGUUAAUCCCAAGUACAGAGGUAGACUUGGACGGGAUACCAGUAAAGAAGGACGAAGAACUACCAUGAGAAUGAAUUAUGUACAAUUUAGCAGUGGAUUAUGAGAAAUUUUCAUGGACAUCAGUUAUGCCCAUGAGUGAAGGGGUAUAUUCCCACAUGAUCCUUCUGUUUUGCCCCAUUCGUAGUUGGCUCCCACCAAGUCGUUAUGGUGGGACCAAGGAGCCACCUAACACCCUGUAUAAUCCCAUCAUAAAAUGGCGUGAGCCUGACGUAUUAUUUGUAAGAGACAUGGGUCUAUUGUGAGCCACUCUACGUCCUUUGAAAAUACCUUCGAAAACAUCGAAACUACUAGGCUAAAAAAUCAAUGCUCCUUGCAAUAUUGUAAAUAAUGUACGCUCUUAUUAACUUAUUGCUUAAAUAUUUGUUAUAAUGCUUAUUUGUGUACAGAGUACCAAUAAAAUUAAAUGUUGUUUUAUUGUAAGUGUAUUAUUACAAAAUUGUGAUGAUUUAUUGUUUGUUGACUUUAUAUUUUACAGUUUUGUUAGAAUUAAACUAAUCGUUCACUUGUUAACUGUCAAUUACAAAGUCAAUUUUAGUUGUAAGAAAUUCAAAAUACUCAAAAACCUAUUUUAACUUAUUAUUAGUGUUGUUUUAAUGUUGUAGAUAUUUGAAUUGUUUACUUAAAUAUAAACCUAA